AUGGUAUUAUUAUUUCGAUCAUGUAAUCGGCCAUAUCUAUUUCUAAUCGCAUUCAUUAUUGGUAUCAUUUUGGUCUUAAGAUUUGAUCUAUUAUUUCAACCAAUAGUUCCUAAUCCUUAUCAAAAUGACAGUUUAAUUAUUGAGAAUAGUUCUACUAAUAGUAAAUUAGCUCAAGUACGUAUUAGUAAAGAUAAACGUCGAUUUGUAAGCACAGCUGUCGAAUCAUUAAUUGCUGAAAUAAAAAAAAAUAUCAAAAAUAAAGAACUUGCAUGGUUAUUUGAAAAUUGUUUUCCUAAUACUCUUGAUACAACCGUUGAUUUCAAUGCUAAUGAAACAGCAACAAAACCUCCUGAUACCUAUGUCAUUUCACGUGAUGUUAAUGUAAUGUGGUUACGUGAUUCAAGUGCACAAAUACAUCCUUAUUUACCAUUAAUGAAAAAUGAUUUAAAACUUCGUAAAUUAAUUGAAGGUGUUAUUUUACGACAAUUGAUAUGUAUUCAACGUGAUCCAUAUGCAAGUGCAUAUUAUAAAAAUUUCGAUCGUAUUAGCGAAUGGAAAUAUUUAGUUAAUACAGAAAUGCGUGAUGGUAUACAUGAACGAAAAUGGGGUUUAGAUUCACUUUGUUAUGUUCUAAGAUUAAUGUACUCAUAUUGGCAAGAAGUUAAUCAUGAUUUAACAUUUUUUCUUAAAUAUGAAGCUGAAUUUAAAAUAACUAUUCGAAUUAUUUUAGACACACUCAAAGUACAACGACGAUAUAGUAGACUAGGUCCAUAUAUAUAUCAACGAGAAGGUAAUCCACCUGAUCCUCGUGGUCCCCAAGCUAAACCAAAUGGUUUAAUUUAUUCAUUUUUUCGUCCAAGUGAUGAUCUUCAAACCUAUCCAUAUUUAAUUCCAUCUCAAUUUUUCGCUUAUCAUACAUUAAAACUUUUAUUUGAACUUGUACACAAUUUCAAUUGGACACAUGAUUUUGAUUCUGAUAUUUUCUCAAUAAAUUCUGAUUUAUACAAAAUUUUAUUUGACGAGCAAAUAAAAGAUAAUCUUGAAACAUUAAUUACAAAGAAACAUGAAAAGUAUGGUUUAAUUUAUGUAUACGAAAUAAAUGGAAUGGGAAGUAAAAAUAUAAUGGAUGGUACACAUGCUCCUUCACUGCUUUCUUUACCUUAUCUAUGUUCAAAUAUUAUUCCUAUAAAUAAUUCAAUCUAUCAAAACACACGAAAAUUUAUAUUUAGUACCGAUAAUACUUGGUAUUACAAAGGUUCUGUUCUUGAAGGUAUUAGUGGAAAACAAAUGGGUUCUGAAAUGGUAUCAACACUUGCAAUAAUUAUGCGUGGUUUAACAGCAAUAGAUGAUGAUGAAAUUCGUUUAUGUUUACGUAUGUUAGAAAAAGCGCAUGGUUAUACUGGAUUUAUGCAUGAAUCAGUUAAUAUUGAUGAUCCAACACAAUUUACACGAUCUUGGUAUGCGUGGGCUAAUAGUUUAUUUGGAGAAUUUAUUUGGAAAUUAUAUAGAGAAAAACGAUAUCUAUUAAAUGAAAUUCCUACUGAAAACGUUUAG